UCACAGUGUCCGCCGUUCGACGCGUACGAUCGAUAUUCGGUCGUUGCAUCGAUUUUAAUCGGCUGCUUCGCGCCAUGGGCAAUGCGACUGCUGCUGCGAACGUUAACGGCAAUCCUCUGGUAACGAUUCCACUGAGUCAGUACCUCGAAGUAUCCUUGUUCGGGGAUCUGCAUAAUUGUACUACAUGUAAGCGAUCACCGAGGUCCAUCCCCCGCCUGCUCGCCGCCGCCCAUCCUCCAGGUCUUCCUUUUGCCUCCUUUGGCUCGGCCGCAGCCUCGGGACCCGAAGAAUUAUGUAACCGCUCGCCGAGAAGCCGCCGACCACUGAACCCGCGCCCGCCCGGCUCGGAAUGCGGGAUUUCUUCGCAGUUUUCGGCGAGACGUGUUUGGCUUUGGAAUUUACGCUUUGAUAGAUUACGGAGAAAAAUGGCGUACUAAAUUUUCGUCGCUGUAUCCUGGUAGUUGGACAAAGGUAGACCUCGCUUUCGGACGGGCAGGCGUCCCGUAAAAUUGCCGGGCUUUUCAGCAGGGUGGUAAUUAACGUUUCCGGCAGGAUGAUGUUGAAAAUCCGCGAUGUUAAGAAUUCCACUACGAAUGAAUGUUUAACGGCGAGCGGACGGUCGCGUUUACCUUCGCGAUUAUCCGUGAUAAUAAUUAACGACGCGUAUUUUAAUAAAUCGUUAUUAUUGUUAUUGCGAAUGCAGUCGCGAUAAUCAAGGGAAAUCAUUACGGAAUGCAAUCCGGUUAUAAUAAUAAAAGCUCCUGUAUAUACAAUAAUGACAGGAAUAAUAAAAUAGGACACGAAACACGCGGAUUGCACACGUAAAUGUCCAUUAUUUUCGUUCAAAUUAACCCAUAUCCGAAGAUGAACAAGUGAUACUAUCUUUUCGCAACUCGUGAAAUUUGUUCGUACAUCUUUUGAUGUAAAUACUUUAAAUAAUAAUAAAUAAUUCAAAACAUGAAAACAUUUCUUUUGAUUUACAGUUAAACUUUUCGAUAUGUUUCUGUAAAGUUCUUUAUUUUAAAAAAAUUUUAACAUGUAAUUAAUUUAUAAUAUAUGUAGCUAAAUGAACAUAUUUAAGUAUUCGAGAGCUUGUAAAUUACAAUUGAAUAUUCCCAAUGUACUUAUAUUUCGACUAAACGGUUAAUUAGGCCUAUUUUUAACAACACACGGUGUACAUAUUACAUAUAUA